AUGGCUGAGACUGGAAAGAUUGAUGAAAACUUGUACUCAAGAAUGAUGGGUGCAUACGGAGUUGAAGCUGUAGGAAAGUUAGUUAAGCUAAAGAUUUUCCUAUCAGGCCUUAGAGGUGUUGGUAUCGAAACAGCAAAGAAUUUAAUUUUAAGUGGUCCCUCUGCAGUUUGCUUGCACGAUGAUAGCCUUGCUGAAGUUGCUAAUAUGGGCUGCAAUUUCUAUCUAAAGCCUGAGCAUAUUGGUAAAGUUACUCGUGCUGAAGCUUCUCUUCCUUAAUUAAAGGAAUUAAAUCCCUAUUGCAAGGUUUCAGUUCACACUGGUUAAAUUACAAAGGAAUUAUUAGCAGAUUUUGAUGUUGUUGUUAUCACUGACAAUUACAACCAAGAUGAAAUUGUUGAUAUCAAUGCUUACUGCAGAGCUAAUAAAAAGGGUUUCAUAUAUUCAGGCAUCUUAGGUCUUUACGGCUUGUGCUUUGUUGAUUUUGGUGAUAGCCAUUCAGUUUUUGAUACAAAUGGUGAAGAACCUCGUAACUCUAUUGUUGUUGGUGUUACCCAAGAUGCUGAAGGUUUAGUUACAGUUCAUGAAGACAAGAGACACGGUUUCUAGUCUGGUGAUUACGUUACAUUCAGAGAAAUCUAAGGUAUGAGCGAAUUGAACGACAAGGUUUUCAAAAUUGAAGAAAAGAGUCCCUUCACUUUUACUCUUGUUGGUGUUGAUACCACCAAGUUCUAGCCUUACUUACGUGAAGGUAUUGUUGAAUAAGUUAAGGUUCCCGUCUAGAUUGCUUUCAAGAGCUUGGGCGAAAGUCUUAGCAAGCCUUAUGCUCCUGGCAAGAAUGAAUUAGAUAUUUGUGAUUGGGAAAAGUUUGGUAGACCUGAAUAGCUCCAUUUAGCUUUCACUGGUUUAUUGACUUUUGUUAAGCAAAAUGGCCACCUCCCUGCUCUUCAUUCUUAGGAAGAUGCUGAAAAGCUUCUCCAUAUUGUUAAGGAUAUUAAUACUCAAAGAAAAAACAUUGACGAAGAAGGUGUCCUCAAGGUAGAAGAAAUUGAAGAGUAAAUUGUUAAAAAUAUUGCUCUCUAUGCUCGUGCAUAAAUUACUCCUCUUUCUUCUUUCUGGGGUGGUAUUGUAGCUCAAGAAAUUGUCAAGUACACAGGUAAAUUCACUCCUCUUAGAUAAUGGUUGCAUUAUGAAUGCUUCGAAGCUCUUCCCGAAGGUGAAGUAGAUAGAACUUUAUUGAACUCUCAAUAUGAUGACUAGAUUGCUAUCUUUGGUAGAGAAUUCUAACAAAAGUUACUCGAACAACGUACUUUCUUAGUUGGUGCUGGUGCUUUAGGAUGUGAAUAUAUUAAAAUGUUCGCCUUGAUGGGUUUGGGAAGUGAAAAGAAUGGAGGUGUUGUCGUUACUGAUGAUGACUAAAUUGAAAUGUCCAAUCUCAAUAGAUAGUUCCUCUUCCGUAAGGAAAAUAUUGGUCACUCCAAGUCAGAAUGUGCAACUCGUGCUGGUAAAAUAAUGAAUCCUAAGCUUCACAUCGAAGCUCUUAAAGAAAGAGUUGAUCCUGAAAAUGAAAGAAUCUUUAACGAUGCUUUCUGGGAGGGUCUCGAUUUCGUAGUUAAUGCUGUCGAUAAUGUAAAGGCUCGUCUAUUUGUCGAUGGACGUUGCGUUUGGUAUGGUAAACCCCUUUUCGAAUCAGGUACUCUAGGAACUAAAUGUAACUCUUAAAUAGUUCUUCCUAAGCUCACUUAAUCUUAUGGUGAUUCUGUUGAUCCUCCUGAGGAAUCCAUUCCUUUGUGCACAUUGAAGAACUUCCCUUACCAAAUUGAACACACUAUUUAAUGGGCUCGUGACUAUUUUGAAGGUAACUUGGUAGAAGGUCCUAAUGAAACUUCAAAGUAUGUAGAAAAUCCUCAAGCCUACAUUGAAUAAGUAACUAAAGAACUUCGUAGCAAGCCCGUUAUGUUGAGAGGCCGUUUGGAAAUUGUUAAGAAAUUGGCAACUGCUUACUCUGGUAACCACUACGACAAGUGCAUUGAACUCGCAAGACACAUGUUCUAAGAUAUUUUCUAUAAUUAGAUUUCUUAACUUCUCUACUCUUUCCCUCUUGACCACAAGACUGAAUCAGGCUAACCUUUCUGGUCAGGACCCAAGAGACCUCCUAUUCCUAUUAAAUUCGAUACCAAUGACGAUAUUCAUGUCGACUUUAUUUAAUCUGCUGCUAAUGUAUUUGCAUUCAUUUUCGGUCUCCCUUACUGCCAUGAUAGGGAAUACGUCAAGAAGGCUGCAAACUCAGUACAUGUUGAAGAAUUUGUUCCUAAAAAAGCUAGCAUUAAGGUAGACGAUAAAGAUAAAACUGAAGAAAAAGUCGAAGACGAUGAAAUUGUCAUUGAAAACUUAACCAAGGAGUUGUUGAAUUUCAAUCUCUCUUAAAAUAAGCCAAAAUUAAAUCCUAUCGAAUUUGAAAAAGACGACCCAACCAACUGGCACAUUGAUUUUAUUUCAUCUGUUGCUAACUUACGUGCCCGUAACUAUAAGAUCAAGGAAGUUACCAAGUUUAAGGUUAAAAUGAUUGCUGGUAAAAUUAUUCCUGCUCUUGCUACAACCACUGCCAUGGUCGUAGGUGCUGUCGGUAUUGAAAUCUUCAAAUAUAUACUCUAAAAGCCUCUUAACAAGAUGAAAAACUCCUUUAUGAAUCUUGCUCUUCCCUUAUGGAUCUUCUCUGAACCUGAACCUCCCAUUAAGGCAAAGGAUAAAGAUUAUGAUCCCGUAUUGAUGGGACCUGUUAAGGCUAUUCCCUCUGGUUUCACUACAUGGGAUAAGCUCUUCGUCUAAGGUCCUCUUACUAUUUAAGGUCUUAAGGAUUAUUUCAAUGAUAAAUAUCAAGUAAAUAUCUCCAUUUUAUCAGUUGGUAAAAUCUGUCUCUACAAUUCAUACAUGACAGAGGCUGCUGAAAGAGAAAGUUGGGAUAUAGCUCAAGGAGUUGAAAAGCUUGGAGGUUAACCUAUUCCAGACUUUAAAAAGUUCUUAGAAUUAGAAAUCUGUGCUGAAACUCAAACUGGUGAAGAUGCCCUUAUGCCCACAAUUAAGUAUGCAUUCAAAGCUUGA